GCUCCAAAAGCUGCUGGACGGCCGAGAGGACUGCGAAUUUCGCACAUUAGGACCGUCAAUCUUCCAUUUGCACCCACCUUCGGUUUGGGUGGUAACUCGACCUCUCCUCCCGCCAAAAAACCGCGCUGCAUGCUGCUAUACUGCAGAUUGACGGUCCUCGGAUUUACAGUCCCAGGACCUUUGGCUGGUACUGCCACCGGCGCUUAUGUACGCAACCUCGCUAUAGGGCAAGCUGUGCUCGUCGUGAUGGGCAUCAACGACUUAUGGGAGGUCCUCGAACCUGCUGCAGCAAUCGUGCCCCUCAUCUCUCUCGCCAUCGAGGGCCGCUACGAGGGACCCGCACCGCAUGUGCCUUAUGUUGUGGGUGUUGACGCAAGACGGGCCAAAAUCCUGCCCUCCGAACAUUUUUAUUUCGGCCUCGCUCGCCUCGUCCGUCUCCCAGUCCAGCUGAUUUUCGCGUUCGACGGCAACCAGCGACCGCAGAUCAAACGGGGCCACAGGGUAUCCACUAAUGACCAUUGGAUGGUCAAGCCCACGCAGCGACUACUGAAUGCGUUCAACGUGCAAUGGAUCACGGCUGCUGGAGAAGCCGAGGCGCAGCUGGCGCAGAUGAACGGUGCUGGUGUCAUCGAUGCUGUCAUGACGGAUGACAGCGACGCGUUUGUUUUCGGUGCUCACACUGUCCUGCGCAAUCUUACUGGCGACGGAUUCCUCACCCUCGCCAUCUGCUGCGGCGGCGAUUACGACAAGAAGGGCCUGGUGGGGUGCGGUCGUGAAACGGCGCUUGGCCUGGCUCGCUGCGUGGAUGCUGGCGUGCUUCGCACUGCCAUGUGUGGCAACAGCCUUGACGGGCCUCUGCAACGGUGGCGGGAUGCCGCUCGGUAUCAUCUUGUCGACGACCCCACUGGAAAAAUGGGACGUUCUCACCCUGCUCUUGCACACUCGCUCCCCGACUCGUUCCCCGAUCCGCACGUCAUCGACUUGUAUGCACGCCCUGCUGUCACUGCAAUCGCCAAGCUGCCCAUUCUCCAAUCCCCCCUUCUCGGCUGGGAAUCGAAGAAGGUCGUCAGCACCUUUCGCUCGACGAUCUGGCCUGUCGUGGACCUGGCUAACAAUUCUCCUGCAAGUGACGAGAUUGCCCUUGCUCCGGCCUGCACGAGGGCAGUGUUUCAGAGCCAUGCUGUGCGCCCGAAAAAAGCCCUUGCGGGUGUUCCAGGGCACAAUAACGACGUGCCCACUCAUGACCUCGAGCAGUCCACACUCCAGUUGCUCGAGGAUUCACCUGGCUGCUCUCAUUGUGAGGAUCGUGCCCCGCGAUCUCACAGAUACAUUCGAGUUUGGCUCGCCGACAAAAUCUACGAUUCCUGGGUGCAGACAAUGAUUCUGCAGUCUCCAAAUCAUCCCAGCACCUCAAACGCUACUCACUCUUCCGUCAUUGAUCUCACGCACGACGACGAGGCAGUGGCAGUUAGUGAUGUCAUUGACCUUACUCAAGAUGGGGAUGAUGUAGUGCCCUGGAGCGCCGGUGCCAGUCAUGAUUUUAUUGAUCUUACUCUCUGAUGCAAUUGUUUUUUUUCAACCUACUGUAUCUAGCGCCCCCCAUGUAUUAGUAUUGUGUGGUUUGUUAUAGCAUUGAAGCACCUUCACGCCCUUCUGUUGUUUCUCCUUCUUGUUCUGUUGCAUCAUUGAGGUCCAACGCCGCUACUCCUGCCGCUUCUCGUCCUCGUGCUUCAAUAUCAGACGUUGUGAGGAGAACACCUUCAG